GGCGGGUCAACCUAGCCGCCAUGUUUGUUUGAAAUGCCGUUUAUCGCAGGUAGCUUUUAGCCCGAGCAACACAUUCCCCGCAUAAAGUACGAAGAACUCGCAGAAAUUACAUGUUUGCGUUCUGAAAUCGAACUUGUUUCUGCAGAAUAGACCAUAGAAGAUACCAAAAUGACGGACGUGUCAACGAAGGAUUUAGACAUUGAAAUUGAGCAGCUCAAUGACUGCAAACAGCUCCAGGAAAAUCAAGUGAAACAUCUUUGCGAGAUGGCCAAAGAAAUCCUGACCAAGGAAUCCAACGUACAAGAGGUUAAAUGCCCGGUCACAGUCUGCGGUGAUGUCCACGGUCAGUUCCACGACCUCAUGGAACUCUUCCGUAUAGGAGGACGCUCCCCAAACACAAAUUACCUUUUCAUGGGCGACUACGUAGACAGGGGUUACUAUUCGGUGGAAACUGUAACGCUUCUGGUUUGUUUGAAGGUUAGGUACCGGGAACGAAUAACCAUCCUGAGAGGGAACCAUGAAAGCAGGCAAAUCACACAAGUCUAUGGCUUCUACGAUGAAUGUCUACGAAAGUAUGGUAAUGCUAAUGUUUGGAAGUACUUCACAGAUCUGUUUGACUAUCUGCCAUUAACAGCACUGGUAGAUGGACAGAUUUUCUGUCUCCAUGGUGGACUAUCACCUUCUAUCGACACACUAGAUCACAUUCGUGCUCUCGACCGUAUCCAAGAAGUACCACAUGAAGGACCUAUGUGUGACCUCCUGUGGUCUGAUCCCGACGACAGGGGUGGCUGGGGCAUCUCCCCCCGUGGAGCCGGCUACACCUUCGGUCAGGACAUCUCCGAGACAUUCAACCACAGCAACGGACUCACUCUCAUCUCUCGGGCUCAUCAGCUUGUCAUGGAAGGCUACAACUGGUGUCAUGAUAGGAACGUAGUGACCAUUUUCAGUGCCCCUAACUACUGCUACCGAUGUGGUAAUCAAGCAGCCAUUAUGGAAUUGGACGAUGCUUUGAAGUAUUCCUUCUUGCAAUUUGAUCCUGCUCCAAGAAGGGGAGAGCCCCACGUCACGCGGCGCACUCCAGACUACUUCUUGUAGACUUCAGAAUUUCCCCCAAGUCCCAAUCAACCUCAUCUUAAACACCAUAUCCAUUGUGCUGGGAAUGGCAGUGGAAAUAGUCCUCUUACAGUGGGAUGACCGAUGUAUCCGGUGUAAGAAUGUACCCUAGUCUGCGUUCUGCCUUUUCUCAUGGCCUCCUCUUUUGUAGGUUUUAAUCUUUCUGGGUGUUUUGUUCCGAAAUUGUUUGAAAAGUGUUAAUCUCUGCGAUAGCCAAAGAUGCAGACGGUGGAUCUCUGUAAGUUCAGAUCAACAAAUCUGACUUUUUUUUUAUGUAUGUUUUCAAGUAUGCUACUUAUUUGUAUACCAUUUUUCCAUCAUAUGCUGCUCAAAAUCUUGCUGUUUGGCUGUUGAUCGAACCAUUUCAAGAUAUGGAUUUCCGGUGGAAUUUUCAAAAAUCUUUUUAAGGCCUCAUAUAACUUGGUAUCCCUAUAAGUAGGAUAAUAUGCUUUUCCAACGAAAAUAAAAUUUUAAUGGAUGUUGUAUGUGUUACUUCCAUGUUUACCUCUAAGAAGGGGUAGAAGCCAUGAGAAAAGGAUAGAACCUAACUGGCAAGUACAUACUCCCAAUAGCGAUAACGCCUUUUACCUGGCAUGAACCUCAUGGCUCGUGCCGAGGGAGGCGUAACCUGUAUUGAAAAUACGAUCGUCUCCCUGCCGCGCUGUUGUGAAUCUGUCUGAUACAGGCCUGCUUAUAACCAAAUGUGUAGUCCACGACUCUGAAUUAAGAUUUGAUAACAUAUAACGUUAAUGAUAUGGAAUUUGUAUUAUGAUGGCGUACCAUUUGCAGGGCUCCACACAAACAGGGACCGGACGCACAUGGGCCCCAUAAGUUUACGUCUAGACCCGUAAAAAUGAUAGAAACGAUGUGUUAGGGCAUGCAUACAGACUCUAGAAUUUUCACUCCAGACCCCGUGAGUAAAAAAGUUAGUGUAGAGCUCUGCAUUAAGAUUACAUGUGCAGCUCACUUCGAAUAGGGCAGUGAGAUAAUCAGCACAUGGGACACAUAGCUUCGAUAGAGGAAUUAAAGUUGUAUCCAUGAAGUGGUUCUCCACUGAUGUUCAAGUUUUCGUAGAGAUGGGAUGUAGACGAGGGUGGAGAUUAGCUUACUCACCUACAUGUUCUCUACUGGAAGUCAGAGGGCGCAAACCCAUAUCCUUCAAUACAGUGUCUAAAGCCCUUCUGGCUCUUAACAGAUGGAAUCUCCAUUCAUUCUUUUCUUUAGUGAUAGAUAGAUUUUCAAGAUGGGCGGCUUUUGGUUUAGUUUAAUUUCUUGUUUUUUCCUUCAAAGAAAUAGGUACAGAUGAAAAGGGCCAUUUCCCAACUCCAUGUGAUGUGCAAGAAUACCACUACGAAAAGGUCAUUUUCAAGACAUGUACUUUUGGUCUCAUACUAAUUUCCAAAGUCCAAACUUUUGUUUCACACAAAGGUCAUUCCUGUGUGUUGCUUUUUUUUCAAUUUUUCUUUUAUUCUUCAUUUCUUUAAAAAACAUUUUCAUCUACGCUACCCUGUAAACUACUUAAAAAUACCAGAACAUAAUUUGAUUUUUGAUUAAAAAAAAUAAAUUCUGUAGUCUAUUCUUUCAUUUCCCUUUGAUUAAAAAAAAAGGACCAUUGUUUCCAAGGUGAAAUUUAGAGAAAAAGACAGGGAAAUAUAGUUGCUUGAAAACUUCUUACUAUAAUGCAAUUUGUAUUAUUUUAUGAUAGUUAAAAAUAGGAGGUUGAUAGGAUUAGUAAAUGUAUUUGCAAUUUUCUAAUACACUAUAAACUUUGGUUGUUGUUGUUGUAUGUCGGGUUAUCAAUCGAGGUAAGAUUUGUAUUUUUUCUUCCCCCAUAUAUGAUUCCAUACACGGACUAGGAAGACAUUAUACAUAAACUGAAAACAAACAGUGACAAUACUAGCAAAUGUUAUCUUAUUGGCGAAUGGUCUAAUUAUCUGACUUGGAUGCACUCCUGUUUUCUUUGAAGAUGUCUUUUUGGAGAGUGGAUACAUGUAACUGCGUUGGUAUUUGUAAGAUGAUUUCAUAGGAUACUCAGAUGAUGUGUUGAUUGUAGCAGUCUAAACUGUAGAUAAGUAAAAAAAAAAAAAAAUUGAAAUGGUAACAAAUUACAAGUAGUUGUAUUGUCUAAUCGGACUCUAAUGGCAAUUAUCAACUUAUGAAAUGUCUAUUCAGUAUGAGGCAAUUCUUACAUGAAAGUAGACGAACAAGUUAUUUACUCAAAAUCAUUUAAUACUAGUUACAUGUAUAUUUUGUUAUUGCUUUUUUUGAGAUGCAGCCUCCUGUUAAGUAAUUUGGGGGGCUGCAUUUAAAUUUAGCUAUUGAGGAAAGAAAAUGCAUUGUGUCAGACGGAACUGAUUUAUCAGGCUGCGUUUUAAAUUAUUGAAGUUUUCGUAAAAUGAAAUGUUUUUGUAUGUUAUAUAUAUUGAGAGUUCCUUAGAUUUUUGCUUUUGGAAAAGAGCUUAACGAGAAACUGAAUUGAGAAUGUUAAGUCUUAUUAUUGGUCUGUCUUCUACAUCUACUUGAUGAAAGACAGAGCUCAGCCAUGAUCUCUUAAGGACCUGUACUUCAUACAUUGUCACUUUUUGUGGAAACUAUCUCGUGUGUUGGCGUACUUCUUCCUCUAAGCACAUAUACCGGUACAUGUUUGAGAAAGACGGAGAUUCUAAUUUUCUUCCCAAAUCAUAUUUUGUAUCAGAUCUUGUCCACAACAGUUAUAAGUCGGAUAAAAAAAAAGUUAAUUCCAUGUAGAUAUAUUGAGAGAAGCUUUCAUCAAAACCAACUGUUUGCUAAUUACAAAAGGGUUUAAAAUGUAAUCAUCAGUUGGAAGGCUUGGAAUUAAGUGUCAAGGCUCGUUCUGAUAUAUGACGUGGCAAAAACGCGUUUUUAUAAUGACGUAAAGUAUAAUAAUAUGCUCCACAAAUCUGUAUCUUAUAACACAGAGCUUGAUGAAUACGCACAAGUCUUUGUUGUGCGCUGGUGCCAUUCAUUUACACGUUUUAAAAAACGCAGCAGCUAAUUUGCGGCAGUUAAACGCGCAGUAUCUGAACAAGCCAUUGAGAGACACGCCAGUCACUUUCUAUGUGAAAAAAGUAGUUUUUAGAUAUUACACUUCGUAAGGUGUGUUUGAUAUGAUUCUUAUGACAGCCCUGGCUAUCUCUGUUUAACAUGAUUACCAAAGUUAAUAGAAUUGAUAUCAAUUGAAUGUUUAAAAAACAAGAUUUAUAUAUAUUACGUGUAUUGCACCGACAUUGACUGUCCCUCCUAUGUUCUCCUCACAACCAAAUGGUAUUCAUUUUUAGUUCUUUCUUUUUAAUUACUUUUUAUUUGAAUGUAGCAGAGCGGUGUUAAGCUAGGAAGUCCAUUAUUACGACUUCUGUCCAAUAAGCUGGAAAGUACAAAAUACAGGCAAUUUCAAUGUCGGUUUGCUCAUUCUGUUAUGUUGCAGUUUAUGUAAAGCACCAACUUGUGUAGAUCUUUUCAUCAGCAU